AUGCACAGUAUUCAAAACCAGGAACCGAGGUGUGGUUCAGGCUCCUUUAAGCUCACAGGUUUGGGGGAUCCUGGUGAGUCCCCAGAGACGAGUCUAGACAGGAGAAUGAAAGAGCGCUGGCGCUGGCCUGCAAGAGGAGAAGUCUUCCUCUGUCUUACUGUCAGCCUUCUGCUUCAAGGAAGAGGAAACACUUUCACCAUCAAUUGCUCAGGCUUUGACCAGCAUGGGGUGGACCCUGCUGCCUUCCAGGCUGUGUUUGACAGAAAGGCCUUCCGUCCAGUCGUCAACUUCAGUGCCCCCACUCAUGUCAACCUCUCCUUCACCCUGUCUGCCAUCCUGGAAGUGGAUGCACAACUCCAGCUGCUGACGUCAUUCAUGUGGAUGGAUUUGGUGUGGGACAAUCCUUUUAUCAGCUGGAACCCAGAAGAGUGUGUUGGCAUCAAAAAACUCACAGUAUCAGCUGAAAACCUGUGGCUCCCAGACAUCUUCAUCCUGGAAUCCAUGGAUGUGGAUCAGACACCUUCGGGUCUCACUGCCUAUGUCAGCAGUGAAGGUCGAAUCAAGUACGAUAAGCCAAUGAAAGUGACCAGCAUCUGUAACCUGGACAUCUUCUACUUCCCUUUUGACCAACAGAACUGCACCUUCACCUUCAGUUCUUUCCUCUACACGGUGGAUAGCAUGUUGCUGGGCAUGGACAAGGAAGUGUGGGAGAUUACAGACACGUCUCGUGACGUCAUUCGAACCCAGGGAGAGUGGGAGCUCCUGGGCAUCAACAAGGCCACCCCAAAGAUGUCUGUGGGCAGCAACCUAUAUGACCAGAUCAUGUUCUAUGUGGCCAUCAGGCGCAGACCCAGCCUCUACAUCAUAAACCUGCUGGUGCCCAGUAGCUUCCUGGUUGCCAUCGACGCCCUCAGCUUCUACCUGCCGGCCGAGAGCGAGAAUCGUGCCCCAUUCAAGAUAACCCUUCUGCUGGGCUACAACGUCUUCCUGCUCAUGAUGAAUGACUUACUGCCCGCUAGUGGCACCCCUCUCAUCAGUGUCUACUUUGCUCUAUGCCUGUCCCUGAUGGUGGCCAGCCUGCUGGAGACCGUCUUCAUCACCUACCUGCUGCACCUGGCCACCACCCAGCCCCCACCCAUGCCUUGGUGGCUCCACGCCCUGCUGCUAUACUACACCAGCCCAAGGAAAUGCUGCCCCACUGCGCCCCAGAAGGGAAAUAAGGGCCUGGGUCUCACCGCCACCCACCUGCCUGGCCUGAAGGAGCCAGUGGAGUUAGUGGGGAAGGUACCAGGCCCCGGAGAGGCAGAACUGACUGGAAGCUCAGGAUGGCCAAGGGCCCAGCAGGAACAGGAGACCCGGGAGCAGCCCUCCGUGGAGCUGUGGGUGCGGUUCAGCCACAUGAUGGACACCCUGCUCUUCCGCCUCUACCUGCUCUUCAUGGCCUCCUCCAUCCUCACCGUCAUCGUCCUCUGGAACACCUAG